AUGAGCACUGCCAACGCACGCUUCUUCCAGCAACACCCACCACCCAUCGAGCAAUCCAUCGCCAUGUCCUCUGAGCAGACCACCAACGACCUCCGCAGCAUUGCUCAAGACAACAAGCGCGCCGCUGCACGCAAGCACAAGUGGCAGCUCGGCUCCGUGGAGCGUGUUGGGCGUGGGCCAGGCAAUCCUCGUCCGUUCCGGCCGUCGGAGACUGAAUACAACAUCAAGCGCCGCGAAACCAAAGGUGCCGUCGCCUCCCUCGCCCACACAGCCAAGAUGACCCGCAAGCACGACAUGCUCGAGGGCAACGCCGUGUCCGACGACUCAGCCAGCUCCAGCUCCGACCACGACGAAGCCACUCCAUCGCCUCCAGCAGACGCCGGAGUCAUGUACUCCUUCGACGCCGCCAAAGGCCCAACCCACGGUAGUCAGAUCCUGAACGUCGCGCUUGCGAAGGCAGUCGAGAGGUUCGAAGAGAAGGAGACCGUGAAGCUCGUGAAGAACGAAUACGAGGUCCUGGACACCGAAGGCGAGAGCGUGGGCGUGACGCCGGUCAAGAAGGGCAAGGUCAAGGCGGCUGCUGAGGAGGAGGCCGACGAGGAUUACGAGUUUGUCUGA